UGUGGACUUUAAAAUGGAGACAUUUCAUAUUUAUAAAGAGAUAUUUAGAUUAAAUUCCAAGGGAUUGCUAUAUUGUGAAAAUAUUCUUUAAUCAUAAGCCAUAAAUUAAAAUGUGAUAAAGGCUGAAUUCAGUUUGAAAUACUUCCAUCUGAAAUACUGGAAUGAAUUUAAACUGAAAAACAAAAAAGAAAGAAAAUGAAGAGGGAAAGUAGCAAUUACUCUGACCUCUUUUUAGACUCCAAACUUAAAGUACUUAAGACAUGUGAUCUGACUUCUCAAGAAUGAUAGAAAAGAGCUUAAACUGGAGAAAAGCAAUUUUUAAUUAGGAAGUUUAGAAAUGGAUCAAAAUGAUAAUUAAGAAAUCAUCUAGCAUAAGUGGUUUGCUUCUGUUUAAUUCAAUUUGAGAGAAUGCAAUAUAAAUUAUAUCACAUGUAAAAUGAACCAUUGGCUGUUAGUUCUUUCCAAAAUGGUGUAUAACUGAGUAAAAAAAAAAUGGACUUUUUACUAAUAUCUAUAACAUCAGAAUUUUUUUUAUGAAUCUCACUUUGUGAAUUAAUACUAAGUUCAAACAAAAAAAUUUUUUUUCCAUUUAAGUAACUUGUAUCUUCUUUCUAAACUGAUAUUUAGUUGAACAGGUGUUAUUCUGGCAGCUGUUUUUAAACUGGUAGGAUUUUUUAUAACUGGAUGGGGAGAUAAUCAGAAAGUAUUUUCUACUUUUUUCACUAUUUGAGACACAGUUUAAAGGUUCUCAGUAUAUUUUGUAACUCAUUAAUUUUUGGCAUCCUCUCUCGAAUACAGGCCAAUAUGAUUCAUUCUUUCUUUGAGCACAAUUAGCUGUGAAAACAGAUCUUAGGCUUUUUUUUUUUUUUUUUUUUUUUUUUUUUGCAAAGGAUUAUUGAAGGUAGGAAAUGCAGGUGAUUAUCAGAGUUUGCCUUUGAUAUAGACAUCCUGCUCCUCUCUGAGCCCUUUGAACUUACUUUGAUAUGCAAUAAUUAGGAGGGAUUCAGCCCCAGGAGGAGAAGAGGCUGCAGCAGCCCUGCCUCCUCUCUCACUCUAUUGAGUCCUUGUUUUGAACUAUUGAUCAAACAGAUUUGAAGGGAUUUGUUGAAGCCUGUGUGGGCUGAAGAGGAAGGAAAUGUUGGGGGGAGGAUGAGAGAAAUGGGCACAUCUGGCUAUAAAUACUCCAGGAAGAAGUCUCCUGGUCAGGUUUCAUUCAUCACAUUUCACACACGUUAUUUAGCCUUGAAAUUGUCUUUUAUUAUAGAAGCUUUGUAAGACUUUAUAUUUUUAUGUCUUGGAAAAACUAAUUAUUAGUUUGCAGGAACUCACGUGCAGAGAGGGUCAGGCGGUGAGUGAAAUCUGCAGGCAAAUCUCUUUAGAGAUCUGGAUCCUUGGAGAAUGGUGGUAGUCUUCCUGCUGGGACUGAGUUAUGUGUGCGCUCCUCUGGGAGCCUUGGUUCUGGAUUCCAACACCAUCAAGAGUUCUGCCGAAGUGCAAGACCUUCGGAAGGCUUCUUUACAGUGCUUGAAUGACAAUGAUUGUGGUGCCAAAAAAUUCUGCCUCAAAUCCAGAGACGAAAAGCCAUUCUGUGCUAUGUGCCAGGGGCUACGGAGACGAUGCCAGCGGAAUAGCAUGUGUUGCCCAGGGACUCUCUGUGUCAAUGAUGUUUGCACCCUCAUUGAAGAGACAACCCCAAUUCUGGAGAGAAAUGAUGACCAAGAUGUCUUGGAUUCUAAGGUGACAACUCAGCAUCCAAUUCAAGAAAGCAAACCCAAAAAGAAACCCAACACUAACAAAUCUCAAGGCAGCAAAGGGCAAGAAGGUGAAAGCUGUUUACGAACUUUUGACUGUAAUCCUGGACUUUGCUGUGCUCGUCAUUUUUGGACAAAAAUUUGUAAGCCAGUCCUCUUGGAGGGGCAAGUUUGUUCUAGACGUGGUCAUAAAGAUGGUGCUCAAGCUCCAGAAAUUUUCCAGCGCUGUGACUGUGGUCCUGGACUGUUCUGCCGAAGUCAAAAUACUGGGCCUCGAAAGCAUUCACGUUUAAGAGUCUGCCAAAAAAUCUAGUUUCUAAAUACUUCAAAAAUUUGUGGAAACACAAAACUCAAAACUGAUUCUUAAAGCCCUUAAUAUAGACAUUUCUUGUAAUAGUAACAUGCAACACUUGAAAUAAAUUAAAGCUAGACUAACUACAUGAUACUUUGGAAUUACUACUGUAAACCAUGGUGGAAAAGGAGAUGAUUAUGUUCUUCAA